UUUCACGCAUGCGCCGGAAGCUGUCGAUGACCGGAGCUUUUAACAAGAACUCCACUGAAAUCAACAUCAAGACAAUUUCUAUUUUACUUGUAAUAUGCCUGUUGAUCAACGCCAAAAUGGACAGGGACUAGAGCAGCAGUUUGCUGGUCUAGGCAUUAACGGCCAGCCGCGUGGGGGUUACACGCAACGCGGGAGCUAUGUGCCGCCACAUAUGAGAAGCAAGGGUGAUGCCCCUGAGGGUCCCCCGCCCCAGGCUCAGGAUUUCCAGAGGGAUAACAGGGACGGUCGCGGCUACGGAGGUUACAACAACCAGGGUGGUGGUGGCUACCAGCGGGGAGGGGCCCCAGGGGGUGGGGCAAACUACAACAACUACCAGGGAGGGAAUUAUGGUGACCGCGGAUCCUAUGGUGGACGGGGCGGAUAUGGCGGUGGUGGUGGCCGUGGCGGUUACAACCAGGGGGGCUAUGACCGCAGGAAUGAUGGGGGCUACCAGAGUCGGGGAGGGUACAGUGACCGUGGGGGACGGGGUGGAUACAACAAUUAUGGCGGUGGCCGUGGGGGUUACAACCAGGGACCUCCUGGACCACCAAGGUUUGACCAGCCCCCACCCAACUUUAAUGCCCCACCACCAGUAGCAGGUGGUCGCUGGGACGGACUGGGGAGUGACCGAGGAGGUGAACAGCGCCCUACCCGCCACUACCAGUCAGGUCAAAACUAUGAUGUGAACUCGCGCUGGGAUAACAGACAGGACAGUUACCAGGGCAAUAACAGUGGCGAGACGACUAAGGAAAAUUGGACAUCAGCACUGCCCCCUAACCCCAGGGUUGAGGAGGAGCUGUUUGGCAGUGCCAGUAGUUCGGGAAUCAAUUUUAGCAAGUACGAGGACAUCCCUGUAGAUGCUACAGGCGAGGACUGUCCUAAAAACAUUUUGGAGUUUGAUGACCAAGAAUUUGGCGAGAUUAUCCGCAACAACAUCAAGCUGUCUCGCUACACCAAGCCCACGCCGGUACAGCAGUACUCUAUUCCAAUCAUCAUGAACAACCGAGAUCUGAUGGCCUGUGCUCAGACUGGCUCUGGUAAGACUGCCGCCUUCUUGGUGCCAACCCUGAACAAGAUGUACGAAUUGGGGCCAGGUGACGCCCCUGUUAACGGGGUGCCCCAGGGGGGCAAGGUUGGGCGCAGGAAGCAAUUCCCCCUCGCUCUGGUGUUGGCCCCGACAAGAGAGUUGGCAUCACAGAUCUAUGAUGAGGCUAGGAAGUUUGCAUACAGGUCUCGAGUACGUCCAUGUGUUGUGUACGGUGGUGCCGACAUUGGUUCCCAGAUGCGGGACUUGGACCGUGGCUGUCAUCUCCUUGUUGCCACACCAGGCAGGCUGGUUGACAUGAUGGAGAGGGGAAAGAUCGGAAUGGACCACUGCAGGUUUUUGAUCCUUGAUGAGGCUGAUCGUAUGUUGGACAUGGGAUUUGAGCCCCAGAUUCGCCGGAUCGUGGAGAAGGACACAAUGCCGCCCACAGGCCAGAGACGAACCAUGAUGUUCAGUGCCACUUUCCCGAAGGAAAUACAGAUGCUGGCACGUGACUUCCUGGAGAACUACAUUUUCCUGGCUGUUGGCCGAGUGGGCAGCACCAGCGAGAACAUCACCCAGAAGGUUGUCUGGGUGGAGGAAACCGAGAAACGAUCCUUCCUACUGGAUCUGCUGAAUGCUGCAGGUCCUGACUCACUAACGCUGGUGUUUGUGGAGACCAAGAAAGGGGCGGACGCUCUAGAAGACUUCCUCAUCUCUGAAGGCUACCCAGCAACCAGUAUCCAUGGAGACCGUUCCCAGCGCGAGAGAGAAGAGGCCCUGAAACUGUUCCGAAAUGGCGAGAGGCCCAUCCUGGUGGCCACAGCUGUGGCAGCUCGAGGGUUGGACAUCCCCCAUGUACGUCAUGUAGUGAACUUUGACCUGCCCUCAGACAUUGAGGAGUACGUCCACAGAAUUGGCAGAACAGGACGUGUCGGCAAUCUCGGUCUGGCUACAUCCUUCUUCAAUGAGAAGAACAAGAACAUCACCCGUGACCUAAUGGAUCUGCUAGUGGAGUCCCAUCAGGAGGUCCCCUCCUGGAUAGAAUCUACAGCGUAUGACUCUCGCCCGGCCUCACGCAGGGGCGGAGGUGGCAAAAGCUUCACCAAGACAUUCGGCAGUCGCGACUACCGUCAACAGGGAAAGCCCAAACAGGCCGGUGGCGGUGGAUACGGUAACUAUGGUAACCAGCCACAGUACAACCAGGGGGCACCCAGCUACGGGGGAGGAUCGUACGGAGGGAGCUAUGGCGGGUCAUAUGGUGGCUCUAGCGCUACAGACUGGUGGGGCAAUUAGAUAAGUUCCCACACACAUACAGGGAUACAUCAUGGAAAACCAGAGACUUGUGUAUGCUAUGUAAAAUAAUUUUGUUUGAUGUUGUGUUUAAUAAUAGCCAAAAGAAGACAUUAUAAUUGCUGCUUUUUGCUGAGCAGUUAAGUCUGGUGUGGUGGAGAUCAACGAAUAAGUUAAGGUUAAUAAGCAAGUAUAAGAAGUUGCUUUGCAGUUUGGUAAGAGGUUAAUUUCUUCUUCUUUUUGUGAUGUUCUACAUGGCAUACACCGAGUAGUCUGCCAUUAUGAUGUUAAGGUGUCUGUAAACAUUUCUGUAUUGUAUGUUAUUUGGCAUAUGAUUGCUUUUUUGGGGGUGGCAAGAUUUUAAACUUUGUUGUCCUAUCUGUGGGGUAUUUUUUUGCAACAAAUUUCUCUUUUAAAAUGCUUAUUUGUAAAAGUUGUGAAAGAUGUAUCUUUCUUUAAAAUGAACAUUAAAUACUGUCCAAAUUUUUGUAAUUAAAAUCAUAAUUACUAUUCUUGGUUGGUAUUCCUAAAACAUUGUAGAUAUUUUCCUGAGUAGAGUCAUUUCAUAGUCAAAUUUAAAGAAAAGGAUCGGUGGUUUUUAUGUAUUUUUCUUAAAGACAAUGAAAAUUAGGUACUACAGAAAGGAUUUCAGAAAUUAUCAAGUAAUUUAUUAUAUCAAAUGAACAGUGGAGAUAUUUAAAUAAGGAAAAUGACUUGUUUUGAAAUGACUGAAGAUGUUUUAUUAAUAUGACCCUGGCCACAGAGAGGCAUAUGUACUGUUCUGUUGUACUGAACUGUUAGCAUACAGCCACGUUUCAGCAUUUAUGAAUUAUUGUAUCCAAUGUUUAAAAUAAUCAUGACUUGUCUAAUUAUUGUGUUAAUUGAAUUUUUUUAUGGAAUUACUGAACACUGUUUUUGUACAAUGAUAAACCUAUAUGGUCAUAAACGCUGUUUUUAUUUUUGAUGAUAUUCGCAAACAUAGGGUCUGUAUUUUAUUUACAGUUUUUGUACCAUAAAUAUUGUUUCCAAGUGUAUACAUUGUAUCUUUUUCAAUAAUUCAAUGUUCGUUUGAAAAAUGUUGUUUACGGCUAAUAUUUUCAAGUAGAAAUUGUCUUGAUGUUGAUGAAAUGAGAGUCCGGCGUUGUAGAAGAUAGAAACGUAUAUUUGUGUAUGUUGUUGGAGGUUUUUAAGAACAACUUCUUAAGAACUGCAUAAGAUACACACACAGAGAAUGCAGCGUUUCAGUCAUGACUUGUUGGCGAUGAGAUACCGACUGUUAUCUCGUGUUGGUUGUUAUUAUGAGAUAAUUGAUGAACAGUGUUAUAUUGCAGAUCAUGUUAUAUGUUCAGAAAAUCUUGUAUUUCCUUAAGUUAUUGCUGUAGAGAAUUGUGUAUGUUUGUUCAUAAGGUGUCUCAAAGAAAGCGUAACAUUUUGUUUUCAGGUUUGCAAAAUUAUAAUCGUAUAUAUUCCCUUGCUUGAUAUUUAAAUUGGGUCAAUUAUAAGGGUAUAUAUUGCUUGCUGUUUAAGUAAGGUUUAGCUAUCAACACUGCCAUUGUAUUAACAAAAAAUAUACCAUUGCAGUUUAUAUUGAUUGAUGUAAAACUUUGAAAGAAUAACAGAAUUCUCUGCAGUGAUUUUGUCUUUGCUUUUUAUCAUAUUGCACAUUGCUGUAUAAAACUCCCAUACUUAAAAAGAAUUCAUGGCAAUUUACCUGUUUGUAUUUUUGUGUAAUCAUAUUUGAAUCUCUUGUAUUAGCAUGAACAUAUUAUCUUCGGUUUUCAUGAAUUUUAUCAGGUUAAGAUAUUGAUCAAGCUGUCAUGUUUGUAUAUUUUAAAUUGAAUGUGUAUGUUAAGUAAUUAUGUUGAUGGUAUACAAACAUUUGUUUUUACACAUUAAAAAAGAAAUGCUUAUAUUAUAUUUCUACAUUGUAAUUCAUUGUCUUGAAAUUAUUUGUUUUGUGUGCAAGAAAUUUGCAGUCUAUCUCUGCCAUUUAAAUAUAUGAUGUGCACUUAUAACACACAUGGAAAAAAAGCCAUUUUUGAGGAUAACAUUUAAGAGCUUUAGAUUCAAGUUGGUAAUUACCAAGUUUGUUCUUUUCUUUGACAAUCAGUGCGAAAAAUUAUUUUUUUUAACUAAUAUAAUGGUAACUUCUUCUGGGACAAGCCCAGUUUCAUAAAAAAAGGCAAAUAAAAUGUAUUUGUCACAUUGCCAUGUUCUUGAUUUAUAAACCUACUGUGUAGAAGAACCAUGCUAAUGUUUCAGUGUCUGUAAUUGCCAUGUUACUGCAUUUUGGGAGGAGUGCAAUGCCGCGAAUAUGAGUCAGUAUUGACGUUAAAACUUUCAGUCUUUCGCAGUGUAGCCCUGAAUUAUUUAUUAUUAUGUGUAUUGCUCUUGACUAUUAAAAUCAUUCUGUCAUCUAAAGUUUUAAUGAUGAUUUUUAUUCUCUCACAUUUCAUUGUUGAUCAUUGUAUUAGGCAUGUUAGGGAUCAGAGGCAGUUUAAAUGGCAAAAAGAUAGAUAAUGCUGCCAUUCUUGUAUUGUUUCAUUAAUUAGAAAUUAAUGUUGUUGGUCACCAAGUUGAAUGGUAGAUUUCCUCUGGGUUCUCCAGUUUCCCCCACAACACAAGACCACAAUUCUUGAAACACAUUUUUUGCAAUAGUCUGAAAAUAAUUAAAGUUUAAACUAAAUGACAUCAUUUUUUUGUAAGAUGACUUUCUCAUUAAAUUGAUGACCAGUUUAGCUGUGAAUCAUUGUUCCAUUCUUCUCUCCAUACUUUGUAUGAUCAUGUUAUGAUAGGGCUACACUUUGUGUGGGAUUUCUUCUAUGAUUAUUGGAAUAGUUGCAUUAAUACUUAACAAUACUUAUUUUGGAUGUAAAAUCAGUUGUCAAAAUUAGUACAAUCCCGCAAUUCACACAGCUUGUUCAAAUUCUUUAUAUCACACAGCAGUGCGUGUUACAAUGUUAUAUGCAAACUAGUUUCAGGCUUGUUCUAAUUUUGAUGACUGAAAUGUUGCUUGAUCUGCAGUGGUGAAGAUUGUAUAUAACCUGUUCAUGUCAUUCAUGAUAAUUUUAGUUUAAAGUCAGUUUUCAUCUAUUAAUCAUUUCAAUUGUUUACUUGAAUUUAAAUACGUUUAAAAAUCUGUUACUAAGUUAUCUUGAUAAGACUAGUCUAGUCCCAUCUACAAACAAGUAGUUGUUAACAAUUCGAUUAUUUUUAUUUGAAUAUUUCUGUUUGUUCUUUUUGUUCAGUGAUUCAUGAGUUUCGAAGCCAUUCUAAUCUAUGACUUUGAAUAUUCUGUUUAAACUGUUUCCAUAGUUACAUAUAUGUAAAUUAUGUACAAGAUUAUGUUAAAAUAUGUAAAAUAUUUUUCCCUUUUGUGAUUCGAAGCUGUCAGGCAGAAAAUUAAAGCCAUGAUAUGUUGCCAUUAUAUUAAAUGACGGUGGGUGCUAUAAUCAAAUGAUUUGUCUCAGAAACUUACGUUUACUAUAAAAGUAUUAUAAAUAUGCUUUUUAUUGUAAACAUUUGCGCUUUUUCAAAUGUGUAUGAACAACAUUACAGACAGAUUAGCGUAGACCGUUUUUCUUGCCGUGUAGAAUACAGAUUUAAGUAGGAAGAAAAAUAUUGUAUUGUUACUGCUCUUAAUUAUAAUGGAAAAAUUUAAUGAGAAUCUUAUAUAUGCAGAGUAUUUGGGGUUAGAACUUGCCUGUAUAAUGCAGCAUUAGUAAAAGCAUCAUAAAAUGGUUCCUGUAUUUUAUUUAUGGUGGGCUUUGAGCAAGACAGACCUAGCUCUUAGCUUUAUAACGAGUUUCGUCCAUCAUGUGCUAAGCCUUUGUAAUAUGUUGACUGUGACAAUCUGUAUCCCAUUUUUAUAAUGCUCCUAUCAUUUUAAUAUUGUCACGUUGUGUAUGCAGUAGGUGUGGUGCAGAAGUGUUAUAUUGGGAAAGGUCAAAUCUUUUUUUCUAAUUAACAAGCUAUGUACAGUGAUGUUCGAAAAUUUUCACCAGGAACGGAUAUAUGAAUAAGUUAGGAAGAAAGUAUUUUGGUGAAGAGUGGUAUAGCUGUGGGUUUUGACAGAAUGAUGUACUGUCUCUUUAAUUUUAAUUAUUUGAAUAUAAAAAUAGGAGUUAAAACUCUUGUCAGGAAGGUGAAUGUAUUGACAAGUGCUAAGCCAAAAUUGGUUGCAUGUUCCAUAUUAUUUGAUAUAUCAUUGGGGGUCCAAUUAACAUGAUUUGAUGAGCGAUUAUGUUGCACAUUUUUAUUGAAGACUGUUGCCUAUAUUCUGUGCAAUACAGUUUAUAAUUGUACUGAUUAUUUUAAAAUAUUUGAAAGUAUGAUGCACUCUCAAACAGUAUAUCAAACUCCGGGUCAAUUAUUCAGAAUGAUGUUUAAGUCAACAGCCAUGAUGUUAACAGAAUUGUUUACUUAAACACGGUUCUAAACAAUCAACCCAACGAAUGCAAAACUGUUAGUUCAAAUAGCAAAUGCCUGCAAUAUAGUGCAGAUUUGCAUCUAUGGUUUGAGAAAUGAGUGCUUUUUGUUAUUGCAAAACCACUGUCGGUUCAAUGAUCUCGUGAUAUAGGGUGUGCCUUUUAUCAAAUCCAAUUUUACAAACUAUAUAUAUUGUGAUAGUCCCUAUCAGUAUAACUGUCAGUCAUUUUAAUUGAUAUAAACGAUAAAUGUGAAAGUACAUGUUUAUGAUGAGUUCUGUUUUAAUUGGCCAGGUUAUUUGGGCCUGAAACAUGUAAGAUAAUUUGAAUAAAAGUUUUAGAAAUAGCGCUUAGUCAAAAUACUCGAAACAAAGUUGUGUUCUGUAAUACUUGGUGCCAUUUCAUUUUUCAAAAUUACAUGGCUUGCAUUAUGGCUAAUACUUGCAAUGGAAAUUAAACAAUGUAUGUAAUUGUUCUGGUGCAUAGGGCUAAUUUGUGAUACCUUUGGGCAUUUAAACUUCGUUGUCUUUCACUUAAUGUAUAAUGCUCUUUUUGACAAUGAUCAAGCCAUAUGUGCAUUUUUGUGCUCAUUUAUUUUAUACAUUUUAUAUAAAUGGUACCAUUUUAUUACACCGUUUGUGAUAACGAUUCCAUGGAAUAUUUAUAUUCAAUGACCCAUAUAAGUGGGCUGUUUUUUGUUUUCUGGAUUUAAAGAAUGACUGAUGGUUUUUAAGGGACAUGUUGCAAUUGUAAGACUGAAUUCUAUGGCACAUCUUUACAUCCAAACAGUAUACUGGUAUUACUUGUAUUAUCCUAUAACUAUUAUUCCCUUUAACUGUUGAUUUUUUUUCCUCCUAGGAAUAACUCAAUUGCCCCAUUUUGUUAACCCAGGAUCAGAAUUCUUAGCAUCAAGAUGGGCACAAAAUCUUAUUUUUGAACACGGUGAUAAUGGUACAAUAUAUAAAUUCAGCCAAUUUGAUCAUGCUUUGCACUUAAUAUUGGAAUUUUUUUGUGAUAAGAAAAUAUACUGGAUAAUUUUUAUAGACAAUUGAAAUAUUUCUUUCUGAUUUACUUAAUGUGUAUUGCAAAAAUCGUCCAUUAAUUGCAAGAGGGACCUAUAAGUAUUUAAAAUCAGAAACCUCGUAAGCCCUUUUUGUGAACAAUGGACGAAAUAUUUUUAUUAUUAUGAUGCUGCAUUAUUUGAUGGUGAAAAUAUCACUUUGAUCCAAACUUGUUCUGCAUUUACUUUGAAGCAGUAUUUGAGUGUAAUGCUCUUCGUUGGAACUUGAAACAGAAGGUUUUCCGCCUGUUUGUUUUUUUGGGGGGGAGGGGGCACCGUAAUAUCAGAAGCAGGGUGCCGUUUCAUGAAGAAUUCUUGGAGCAGUUUUGUACUUUUCGACCUUAUACAAGGCAGACCUUACUACUCUUAUAAUAGAUCUUUAGUACAAAACUUAUCCUAUGGUUCUUUAUGAAAUGGCCCCCUGGUGUUCUACGACGAUUUAUUUUAAAUUUAGUAACUCGUUAUGCAAAUUAUGGUUGUCUGUUCGACAAUUUAGCUUUUUUUUCCAGAACAUAAGUUCUGCAUACGAGAGGAUGACAAAACUUUAAUUAUAUACCAGUUCCUACUUAAGCAUGCCACAAUAUUUCCACCAAUGUAAAUCAAGGAGCGUUUCAUCAAGGAUUCUAUGAGCGUUUUCUUACCUUGGAGAUAUUUUCAAAAGAGCUGUUCUUCUACUAAAACUCUCACUUAGGUAUGACACUGCUCCUAGGAGUCUUCAAGAAACAGCCACAGACUUGUAAGUGGUAAUUUGGGAUAAUGGUACUAGGUGGCUGCAUAGUCAUUUCCUGUCUGACAGUUGUUGUUUUUUCAAUUUUAUAAAAUGUUCCAACAGUUUGUCUUUUUUAAAAGUUUUUGAGAUUGAAUUUCUGUGCACGUACAUGUAGAUACAUUGGAUUUUUUUGCACAUUUGAUGACAACCAAACUGUUCAUGAGUAAUGAAAUGUUGUUUAAAGUUAAUUUAAUACACUGUUUCAAAUGUUUCAUUUCUAUCCAGUCCUGUAAGAUUUUGGCAACCAAUUUACGUUGCGGAUUAAAUUAUAAAAUCACGUGAUUUAAGAUUAAAAUAAGACUGCUUAGUCGUUGGCAGAUUUUCAAAUUCUAGAUGGUACAUUGUUCUCAAUGUUUUUGACAUCUUUGUAGAAUUAUGGUAUUUUGUUAUUUCUAUAAAGUUAAUUAAUGAGUUUAAGAUCUGGUACAGUAUGCCUUGCUUGUCUCUAAUACACAACUUAUAGUUGAGAGAUAAUUUUUACGCACACAAAAGCACGAAGAACAUGGCCGUGCUCAGCCUUGUUUUUUAAGCCAGAUUUGUGGAGCAAAGCUAUGUAAGCACCGUGGUUGUAUGCAAUAAAUCCAGAAAACAAA